AUAAAGUAACGGUUUUGUGGCGCAUGCGUGCGAGCAGCUUCCUCGGUAAACUCAGGUCACAAGAGACAUUCCGGUGGUCGGUCGGUGGUUCGGGAUUGUUAGAAAAUUUCAGUCGUUUAUUUUGGCCAGAAACAAAGUUAUUGAACAUCAAACUGGCUCAUCAGUUUUGGUUCUCAUUUCCUCCGCCAGGGGCGUCUGGUGGGAGCUCUUCAAGGCAAGCCGAUGAGGAGAAAGCAAAGGAGCGACAGAAAAAUGAUUCCGCGGAUAGGGAACAACACCACAAGCAGCAGAAGCUCGACGCCGCCAACUGCAAGCGCGAGGCACGGGAAAUAAGGCAGCUCGACAACGAACUGUUGAAUCAGCGCCGGGCCCAAGAAAGGGAACGACAGGCACAGCUCGGUUCGGAGCGACAGGCGGCAGCACUGGCUACUGGUACGACGGCGACUGUGCCUGUCGGUACUACAUCACCACCACCGUUGUCGACCGGUUCGGGUGACAGGACGUUCCGCCAGGCCGAGCCGUUCUAUGCGGAAGGCAGCAUUUCGACGACACCUGGCCGGACGCCACCGAACACAAUAGCGGAGGAGAAGUCUCCCGUGCUGCUGGCGGGCGUAAAAACUCCCCUGCUCGAGGACACGUCGUUCGGUGGCACCAACACAACUCUCAUGGAAACUUUGCAAACCAGUGCCGCAGCGGUAACACCGAAGGAGGAAGAGCAGCGCAGUGCAGCAGGCGUGCUCGCGGCAGCUUUGCAAAAAGUGCCACAGGAAAAAGGGCUUCCUGAAACAUCGCACCUGCAAGACUUUCCCAAGGGUCGCCAGGACUCAACUGAAAGCGAAAUUUCGACAAUAUACUCUCAGUCACAAUCGGAUGCCUGCCACAAGAUGAUGUGCCGAGCUCCUAUAGCUUCACUGGAUUGCAUGGAGGAAUUUAGUGGCACGACUGCUCAGCUUGAUUUUGGUCGUUCCACAAGUUUGGGGUCGAAUCCGGCCAUCCAGAUACGCAGCAAUGCGACCACAACGCCUGGCUUGCGCUACAAAAAUCUCGGCAAGAGUGGCCUGCGUGUGUCGAACGUUGGUCUCGGCACAUGGCCCAUUUUCUCGCCGGGCGUUUCAGAGGAGCAGGCGGAAGCCAUCCUGCGUCUGGCCGUCGAUAGCGGCAUCAACCUGUUCGACCUUUCCGAAGCGCACUCAGGUACACGUGCGGAAAUAGAGCUGGGCAAGAUCAUUCAAAAGGCAGGAUGGAAACGGACCAGCUUCGUCAUAACAACCAAAAUUUAUUGGAGCACAAAAUCCGAAGAGCGCGGAUUAUCGAGAAAACACAUCAUUGAAAGUGUCCAAGCGAGCCUGCAAAGGUUGCAGCUGCCGUACAUCGACGUCAUACUGGUGCACAAGGCGGACUCGAUGUGUCCGAUGGAAGAAAUUGUGCGAGCAAUGAAUUACGUCAUAUCGCAGGGAUGGUCAAUGUACUGGGGAACGGCGCGCUGGUCACCGGUGGAGAUCAUGGAGGCCUACACCAACUGCCGUCAGUUUAACUGCGUAACGCCUAUCGUGGAACAGUCGGAGUAUCAUAUGUUCUGCCGGGAAAAGGCGGAACUCUACCUGCCGGAGAUGUACAACAAGAUCGGGGUCGGUUUUAUGGCUUGGGGUCCACUGUCCAUGUAUUUGGGCGAUGCCCAGAAUGGCGAGAAGCUCUGGAUACCGAAGGGAUCGUUGAAGAGCAAGAGCCAAAGCUACUCCUGGAUUGAGGACGAAGUAAACAAAGAAGUAAGUGAACGAUCCGCGACCAGACCGCACUGUAGCGUACAUAUCUGUGUUCUUUUCUUUCUAUUUCUUCUCCAUCUGGCGGUAAUGUUGCAUUUGCGCAAGGAUCUGCAGGACGAAGCACGCAGGCUGUACGACAAGGCGCGUGACAUUAGCAAUCUGGCGGAAAAGCUGGGCUGCAAUGCGGUACAGCUGUCCAUUGCGUGGUCGCUCAAGCAUGAACCGGUACAGUGUUUGCUGCUCGGUGCAACUUCACCCGAACAGCUGCACCAAAGCCUGCAAGCGCUACAGUUACUGCCACGGCUAUCGACCGGUGUGAUGCUGGAGAUAGAACGCAUCCUCGAAAACAAACCGGUGCGUCCACCGCCGAUAUCUACGCUUGCGCUUCGGUGACAAUCAGCCUGCCCCCCGGGGCCUCCUAGCGAAAGCGGAGUUCCGUGUGGGGCAGAAUCGCCUAAAGAGGAAGACAUUAGCAUGGGUGAGGAGCAGAAAGAAUCGCAAAAGAUUAGCUUCUGCGAAAUUCAGUGACAAAACGAGAAUUUAGUAACCAGUAACCAAUUUGUAAACGUCGUCACUAGUGUUACGGAACGUAGCUCAACACUAACGCUUCAAGACCGCUGCCAAACACCAGCAGCACAGCAGCAACAGCAGCAGCAGCAGCAGCACCAGCAAACGCAUCAACAGCGCCGGUUGUCCGGCUAUCCGCAGCAGCCGCACCAGCCACAGCCUCAGCAGCAUCAGCAGUAUCAGCAGCGUCAGCAGUGCAAUAAUCAACAGCAGCGAAUGCAAAAGCAGCUUGUAAGGCAUCCGAAGCUUUGGAAGCAGCGGCAUGACCGAAGCGUGCUGAAGCCGAGCCUGCUAAGCCUGGAGUCGCUGAGCGUUAGCUUGGAGAGUCUGUUUUACGAGCAGAACGGUUUAGAUAGCAAAUUUAACAAUUCCUCCACGGCAACCGGUACGAUGCAAUCGACAAGCAGUACGGUUAGCACUACCAGCGAAGCUACUGGGCUGGCUGAGGACAAGCAGCAGGCACGCCAAUUAGUAGACUGCUUGAAGUCAAUUGACAACACGUUGAUGGGUGAGAAACGGAUUAGGUAUAAGAUUUCGUACAGCUUCAAAUCGCUGGACAGCAAUUGCAAGUCGUUGUUCAACAUUCUGCGCGGCAAAGGUAGCGCCAACGGGGUAGCACCUGCUAAACAGGCACCGUUGCCGGAAGAUUGUAAGCAGCCGACGCCAUCCUCCAACGCUCUCGUGACUGCACGGCACGUACACCAGAAUGGGUUUCGAAUGCUGUUUAACCGUAAGCUGUUGAGUGAUCGCAGGGACAGUGUCCUCCUUACACCCUGCGUUGACGUGAUCGAGAAGUAGAAGUGGAUGCACAAGGGUACACUGAGUCAUGAGGGUCUUCCACUGUUCAGCACCCACAUGACUGGCUCAAUCUUCAAAGCAAUCGACGUUUGCAGAACGUUUCCCGAAAUCGGGGAAAAGCAACCAGGUGGCUGGUUAUGUGAAGCUACA